CUUGCAGGAACUGUCGUCUCCACACCAUAAAAGGAGGAGAGUUUCGUGGGUUUUGUCUUCCUCUAGUUACGCAUAUCCCAUCUAAUUCUCUGCUUUAAUUUUUUUUCCAUCUUCUUUUGCGAGCAAUCUGCAAGAACUAGAGUAAAAAACAAACACUGGUUUAGAAAGAAAGAGAAAGUAAGAAAAUUGAAGGAAAUAUUUUCAAUAGAUUCUUACCUUAUCUUUUUUCCUAUACCUUUCAAUGUCAAACAUCACAAAUUGUGAUAGUGGGAGCUUCUCUACAGAGAAUACCGGAGAAGACGCAGUUAAACAGCAAUCAGAGAUACUUGGUCAGUUCCAUAGUCCAAAUUCUCAUGCUUCAACUACAACAAAUAAUAGUAAUGGGUCAAACACAAAUUCACAACUACCUCCACCAGUUAAGAAGAAAAGAAGCCUACCAGGAAAUCCAGAUCCAAGUGCUGAAGUCAUAGCUCUAUCGCCAAACUCCCUCGUGGCCACAAACCGAUUCAUAUGUGAAAUCUGCGACAAAGGGUUUCGAAGGGACCAGAACCUUCAGUUGCACCGGCGAGGUCAUAACUUGCCAUGGAAGCUUAAACAGAGAGCCGGCACUGAAGUUCGAAAAAGGGUUUAUGUUUGUCCAGAAGCCUCAUGUGUCCACCACAACCCAGCUCGAGCACUAGGCGAUCUUACUGGCAUUAAAAAGCACUUUAGCAGAAAGCACGGCGAGAAGAAGUGGAAAUGUGAUAAAUGCUCAAAGAAAUACGCCGUCCAAUGCGACUGGAAAGCCCAUUCAAAAAUAUGUGGUACAAAGGAAUACAAAUGUGACUGUGGCACUAUCUUUUCCAGAAGAGAUAGCUUCAUCACCCACAGAGCUUUCUGUGAUGCACUAGCUGAGGAGAAUAAAAAAGUCAACGAAGAAGACCUUUCAAAUAUGGGUAAUUCAAACAUGCAGGGCCAACCAAUACCAAACCAAGUUGCAUCGUCAUUACCAAUCAACACCAAUCUCAACCCACAGAUUGCGACGUCCGAAUUCAACAACAACUCAGAUCGCAAACACCCAUUAUCAUCACUCCCUCAAACAGUACUCAUGACGACAUCAAUGCCAGCAACAAGACCCUUUAACAACAACAUGGCUGGAGCUGUAUUCACAGGAAGCCUUUCAUCCAGUUCUUCUCUCCCUCUUCAACUGAGUAAUUCGAACAUGUCAGAGGAAAAUGGGCUCCAUUUAGCUGCAGGUUUACCUCACAUGUCUGCUACUGCAUUGCUGCAAAAAGCUGCACAAUUGGGCGCUACCGUGAGUGAUAAUAAUACCAAUGGCAUGAUCACGGGAAAAAGUUUUGUCACAAGCAUGGCACCACCAUCAUUUGGUGAGACACAACAACAGUUAUAUGGGAUCAUGAACCAGUACAUGCACAAUGGUCAACAGGACUUUUCUUCUCAGUAUAAUUUCAAUGCGAAUGGGAUGGAUGGUGGUAGCGUUGGAAUGAGUGGUUUGGAUAUGUUUAAUGCUAUAUUGGAUCAAAGUAAGGCCUUAUCAAAGAUCAUAGAGCAGAACAGUAGAAGUAGUGAUAGUGUUUUUAGGUCAAGUAGUACCAUCAAUAUUGUUGAUGGAACUAAAGGAAGUGAAGAUGUAAUGACUUUGGACUUGCUGGGGAUCGGAGGAGGAGGAGGAGGUGGUGGUGGUGGUGGUGCACAUGGUGAUUUGUAUGGCGGAGCCCAACCGUCAGAAACGGAUGCAAGAGAUGAGAUAUGGAGAAAUUGGUCAAACAACAACUCAGGCUUUGAAUCAUUUUCAGCAACUUAAGCAGCAUUUGAAAAGACCAACGGUUCCGGGGAGGGAAGAAUUAAUGUGCAAUAUUUCUAUUUGGAGGGGGUGGAAUUUUCAGCUUAGUUUGGAUAAUCCUGUUUAUAAUUAAAGAGAUUAUAAAACACGUUCUUGAUCAUUAUUUCACGUGCCUUAAUUACUCUAAAUUGGAUCUUAUUUAGAUCGU